AUGUCUGUAGAAAACCAAAUACUGGCAGCUGCUGAGCUUCCGCCAAAGGAAAUGUAUGCUGUGCUGUGUGAAAUAAAACAGGAAGCUGCGGAGAAUAACAUAGACUACCUUGCAGCCAAAAUAUCUGGCAAGUUAAGGCAAGAAAAAAUAAGGAAACCCCCGCAUCUGCUCUACUCCAUGGUGGAGACACUGCGAAUAGCUGCUCCAUACAAUCCGUUUACUCCCGAGAUGCUGAGGGAUCUUUUUAAGCAGUUAAUACAGCGAGGGCCACGGCGCCCAGAGGAGAAAAAGGCAUUGGAGAUAAUUGCAUCGUACAGGAUGGUCACUCUUGUUUCUGAUGUAAAGAUAGUUAAUGCGCUGGCAGAGCUGGCGCUUUUAAAUAUUUCUCAUGCAUGGUCUGGGGACAUGCUUCAGUCUAUUGUAGAAGAGAAGGAGGAGGAUCUAGGAAAAGAGAUAAAAGCAAAAAUAGUAAAGAGAGUUGCAGAAGGGUCUUCCACGCUGGGUGUUUUUAUCAGUAACUAUCCGUUAUUGUUUAUGCCCGCAGUAAAUGAACUGAUUCUCUCCUCAAAGCGGUCAAAAACAGAGCUGAUAAAAAGAUUCAACUCCUUGAAUAAAGAGGUGAUUACGGUAGAACUAAUUGAGAAGGCGAUAGAAACAAGCCAGGAGAAAAAGGAAUUUCUUAAAUUUGUAAGGGAGGCUUCGGUGCGGCAUGAGGUGAUAAAGUAUCUGGAGACACUGGAGGAAGACAGAUCUGCUUGGGUGCGGUGCGAAAUACCGGUUAUAUUAUACAAAAAGGCCCAGAGCCCAUUUUACACCACAGCUAUAGCCAGAAGCAUACGGAUUAGCGGAAUUUCUGCAUGGAAGAAGAGGCUGCAGGAUGCAUCUGCAUCUGUGCGGCAGGAUAUGCUUCGUGCUGCUGACCAAGAAGACAUAAUUACGCACUUGCCUGAGCUAAUGGAGGAUAUUAUAGAAAGGACCCGAGACAUAAGCGUAGAGGUAAGAAAAGAGGCACUUGGCAUACUUGCCAAAACAUAUGCAGGUGAGAUGCACAGAGACAUGCUUGCAUCGUCGGAAGUACCGUGCUUUGUCUGCCGGAAAAAGGAAACAGAUGGAAUACUUGUAAGCACCCUGCUGUCCAUAUUUAUACAAGACCACGCAGUGCAGCUAGAUAUGGUAAAAGGAUUUUUCAAAAGACUAACAAGCGAUGCAUUAAAGGUGGAGGACAGAAUACCACAGGCAAUACUUCUGGAAAUAUACCAGGCUGUAGUAAAACAGCCAGAAGACAUCGAGACUUUGAUAGGGUGCGCAGCUGCGCUGAAUCUUCUGGGCAUUACUCUAUCCUAUGAUAAAGAUCCAUGCGAUGCCCAUAAGAAAACGAUUGAUCUUAUAAGAAUAUCUCUUUCAAUAGGCGACACAGAUGCAAAAGCGGUUGUGGAGGAGAGAUCUCCUCCUUGCUUAGUGGUUAUGUUGUGCGAGAAGUAUCCCAAAGGACUUAUUCCAAAAGAGCUGCUUGUUUUUCUAAAGAGCCUGACAAAAGCUGUGGGCAUUGAUUUGUUUUGCAGAAUUGCGCGUAUUAUUACAGUGGCACAAUACAAUACAGGGCUUGGGUGGGGUACACUAGAGGAGUACGCAGAGCACGGAACCCCGAGAGAGUACCUAGAGAUAAAGCAAAUGUGCACCACCGAAGGAGGCGACUUCUCAAUUGAUCUAUCCAGAGUUGAGGACAGGUCGCUUCUGGCUGGAUCAGAGGUAAGCAUAGAUAUCCAGCAACAGGAAAGAAAGCUGAAUGAGUGCAACACAAAAAUACUAUUAAUGGUGCAGAUGGACCUGCUAGAGUGCUGCAUUAGAUCUGCUAUAUUAGAAAGGACCGUUUUUAAGUAUCUAUUGUCCCAGCCGUACUCUGCCCACACAUACUUUGAGAAUUCUCUUUUCUUUAAGCAGCGGCUAGCUAUAGGAAUUAGAUCGCAUCCAGACACAGAGAUUCGGUUGUUAUUCUCUGUUAUUUCAGUGCUAAUCUGUCAGCAAACAUCCCUGUCGCUAAACAGUAAAGGAAUUUUAAGCGUGCUCUCUUUACUUUGCUGGCUAUCCAUAGAAUAUACACACACUAGAACGGUUGAGGUUGUUUUCUCACUAUUCCGUGCCAAUAUCCCUCUGGCGCAGGACUUCUUCUCUUUCUUCAUGAAUUUGAAGCGGGUGGCCAUUGAAGACACCGUCCGGCAGACAGAGCUAUACAUACUGUCAGAAGAUGUGUCUGCUAUGCUAGUUAGGGAAACAAGCAAGCUAAACAUAAACUCAGCGCAGUACUCAAAUGAACUGCCAUCUGGAUUUUGUGAAGAAUUGCGGCUAAGGGGAGGAUGGGCAGCCACGCUACUUCUUCUGGAUGAUGACCGAUUCAGUUCUAAUUUACUCACUGUUUUCAAGCCCAAAGCUAAAUAACUGAUAUUUUGCAGCCGCAUAGCACUAAACAACGUACACGGCAUAAACAGUGAUUAUGAUCCAGAACGACAAAAAUUGGUGCAUAACCGCAUUGCCAAAUCCAAUAAAAAGAAUCAUGGCUGGCCUAUUAAAGAUGCUCUUAUAAAAUGUUUAUAUAUGCGCAGCAAUACCCCGAGAUUUAUACUACAUAAUUUAGUGA